CACGGUGCCUCUUCCUCAUCCUUCGAUCAGCUGCCACGUGGUAUCCGCCGCAAGCAUGUGAGUUUCCAUCAUCAGAGACGACAUCGAGGAAAUGGGGGUGUGUUUUCUCCACACCCUCCCGCCCCAUGACGCUUCAUCGACGGACUCACCUUCGGAUCCACGCAUCACCGAGCUUCUCGACGCGUACAGCGACGUGUUCGAAGGUCCGCACGGAGUAGUACCGGAUCGACCCAUCCGCCACGAGAUCAUCCUCGAGGACGGGGCCGUACCUCCACGCGGUUGCAUCUACCGAAUGAGCGAGGAAGAGUUAUGUGUGCUUCGGGCACAACUCGACGACCUUCUGGAGAAAGGCUGGAUUCGGCCUAGCUCAUCGUCAUACGGUGCUCCUGUUCUCUUCGUCCGGAAGAAGAACAAGGAUUUGCGAUUGUGCAUCGAUUAUCGCAAGCUCAACGCGCAGACGAUCAGAAACGCCGACCCUCUCCCACGUAUCGACGACCUUCUCGAGCGAUUGGGCGGCGCCCAGUUCUUCUCUAAGUUGGAUCUCAAGUCAGGGUACCACCAACUCGAGAUUCGCAAGGAGGAUCRSUACAAGACUGCGUUCAAGACUCGGUAUGGGCAUUUCGAAUGGCUGGUCAUGCCAUUUGGCCUUACGAAUGCCCCAGCCACUUUCCAAGCGGCUAUGACGACGGAGUUCCGACACAUGCUGGAUCGUUUCGUACUUAUCUACCUCGACGACAUUCUGGUUUACAGCCGAAGUCUGGACGGCCAUGUGGAACACCUGCGUACCAUUUUGGAGCGGCUACGACAGGCCAAGUACAAAGCAAACCGCGACAAGUGCGAGUUCGCACAGCAGGAGCUGGAGUACUUGGGACACUAUGUGACGCCGCAAGGCAUCCGUCCGCUUGCGGACAAGAUCGAGGCCCUACGAAGCUAUCUUCGGAUCACCCGCCGGCCAGCCACUAUCGCAUUGCCGACGGGUACUUACUCCUCCACUCAAGAGGCAAGGACUUACUAUGUGUCCCACGCGACCGCCGUCUUCGGACUCGCCUCCUCGGCGAGUAUCAUGAUUCACGACUCGCCGGCCAUUUUGGAGUCAACCGCACUAUUGCACGGCUUUGACAGCGAUUCCGAUGGCCCGAUCUCGUUACCGAUGUCACUCGGUAUUGCGACUCUUGUGAAGUUUGCCGACGCAGCAAGCCCCGCAACCGCAAUCCCUACGGAGUCCAGAACGAAGAUGAAACCAAGUUCGGCUCGGCAUCCACAAACGGACGGGCAAACGGAGCGGGCACAUCAAACCGCUCAAAUGAUGCUUCGUACGCUCAUCCGUCCGGACCAGAAAGAUUGGGUUGACCGUCUCCCCGACAUCGAGUUCGCCUACAACACUUCGGUGCAUCCGGCGAUCGGCGUGACUCCAUUCGAGUUGCGCCACGGUGGACGGAAAGGCCGGAUCUUCGCCGACCUUCUCCUCCCUCGACCAGCCGACAUUGACGCUGCCUGCUCUCCCGCUUCCGUCCGGAAGUACAGGGAAUUGCUGACUCAAGCCUCCGCAAACAUGCAAAAGGCUCAAGUCCGCAUGCAGCAGCAAGCCAACAGGCGUCGCGUACCAUGUCUCAUCCGCGCCAGUGAUCUGGUUUGGGUCUCUGCGGAAGAGUUUGCACUGGAACAGGAUGUUUCACGCAAACUGCUUCCCAAGUGGUUUGGACCUUGGUCUGUGACAGCAGCCACGGGCGAUGAGCCCGACGGCCCUUCAUUUGUGAUCAACAUUCCAGAGCAUCUGACGGUCCAUCCAGUCUUCCAUGCCUCGAAGCUGGCAACAUACACGCCAGCCAAGAGCGACGACUUUCCGGGCCAACGAUCGCAGGACCCUCCUUCUAUGGAUGGUCAUCAGGAAGUUGACUGCGUCAUCACCGAUCGCAAGUACGGCAGCAAGCCGCGACAGUACAAAGUCACAUUCAAAGCAUGCGAUCGCGACGACACUCAGUGGAUUUCAGGCGCAGAUUUGAAAGCAUCCGCACCACUGAUCUACGCGCAUUAUGAGAAGCGGAGGUUAGCUCAGGAAGCUUCACGACCAGCCCCKCCCACCCGGACUGUGGUCCCUCCCUCAGACAGACAGCUUCGCCCUCGCAGGUAAGCUCGGUCUUUCAAGGAGGGGGGGGUGAGGCAUACUUCGUAGCCACACGAGCCCCGCAGGGGCCGUCCCGGACUGUUAGCCUACAAACCUAAAAG